AUGACCUGUAUAAUGAGUGCAUUUUAUAAAGGAAAGAUUAUCCAAGAAACAGAAACUGUAUAUAUUGCACAAUCUACAAAAAUACCUAAACCAGUACAGUUAUUAUAUGCAAAAAGAAAAUCAACUGAUAGAGAUUGUCAUCAACAGUCAUUCUUAAUUGGGUUAUUAAUAUCAAUUGGAUAUUCAAUAACAAUAAAAAAACCUCAUAAAAAAAGUAAAACUACUUCUCAAAUGUUUGUAAUACUAGAAAUAAGAAAAGAGAUCACAACGAUUCUAUCAAAUGAUAGUUUUGAUGAAUCUUUUGUUGAUAUUAAAAAAAGAAGAAGAGAAAGAGAUGUUUUAACAAAUAAUAUUCUUAUUGAACAGAUUCAAUCUCAUCAAGGAUUAGUGGAAUUUAAAAAAAAUAAUAAAAUAGAACUUAAUAAAUUUAGGAGAAUUAAAACACUGAAAUACAAUAAUAUUAACUAUAAUCAAUCAGAUAUCUAUCUAAUAGGUAAGUCAAUAAAUAAUUUUAUUCUUCAAAUAAUGGGUUCUAAUGAUUGUUAUUUACAACCAAAUGACUUAAGAAUAACAAAAUAUUUUAAAUUAAAUCAAAAAUAA